AUGAGUACCAGUGGUAAAUUACCAGGAUUAGCAUCCGAUGCUGUUUUGAAACAUUCUAUUCCAGUUCCAGAUGAUUUCGAAGAAGUUAAAGGUAUAGAUUAUUCCAAAGAUAAUGCUUAUAAUAUGAAAGCUAAAGAUUUGAUUCAAUCUAUGUCAACUAUGGGAUUUCAAGCUUCCUCAUUAUCUAAAGCUUGUAAAAUUAUUGAUGAAAUGAGAACAUGGAAAGGUAAACAUAAAGAUGAAUUAGAAGAACAUGAAAGAACUGGGGAAUUUGAUGAUGAUGGAUAUCAAAGAACUACUGUUUUUAUGGGUUAUACUUCUAAUUUGAUUUCUUCUGGUUUAAGAGAUACUUUACGUUAUUUGGUUCAACAUAAAAUGGUUAGUGCUAUUGUUGCCACUGCUGGUGGUAUUGAAGAAGAUUUAAUUAAAGUCUUAGCUCCUACUUAUAUGGGUGAAUUUAGUUUACCAGGUAAAGGAUUAAGAGAUCAAGGUAUGAAUAGAAUUGGUAAUUUAUUGGUUCCAAAUGAUAACUAUUGUAAAUUUGAAGAAUGGAUUGUUCCAAUUUUAGAUAAAUGUUUAGAAGAACAACAAGAAGCUAUGAAGAAAUUAGGUUCAGACGGAUUAAAUGCUGAUUCUGACGCUAUUUGGACUCCAUCUAAAUUGAUUGAUCGUUUAGGUAAAGAAAUUAAUGAUGAAUCUUCUGUCUUGUAUUGGGCUCAUAAAAACAAAAUUCCAGUUUUCUGUCCUGCUAUUACUGAUGGUUCUAUUGGUGAUAUGCUUUUCUUCCAUACUUUCAAAGCUUCUCCAGAACAAUUGAGAUUGGAUAUUGUUGCUGAUAUCAGAAAGAUCAACUCCAUGUCAAUGGCAGCUUCUAAAGCAGGUAUGAUUAUCUUGGGUGGUGGUUUGAUUAAACAUCACAUUUGUAAUGCUUGUUUAAUGAGAAAUGGUGCUGAUUAUGCUGUUUAUAUCAACACUGGUCAAGAAUUUGAUGGUUCUGAUGCUGGUGCCAGACCAGAUGAAGCUGUUUCUUGGGGUAAGAUUAAAGCUGAAGCUCACUCAGUUAAAGUCUAUGCAGAUGUCAGUUUGGUGUUCCCAUUGAUUGUUGCCGCUACUUUUGCUAGUGAAAAACCAAAUUAG